AUGAAUCCACGCGCCCCCCACUACAAGUUUCGGGCAUCUUCUUCGUCUACCAGCAGCGGCAAAGACCUUGAGAGCAUCUAUGGAAGUUUGCACAACACAUUCGUGCCCGCUUCUAAACCUACCAUGAACAGCGCGCGCGAGGCACCUCCUGCCACUAUGAGCAACAGCACGCGCGAACCCCCUAGUCACAGUCGCUCGCUUGUCAAAUUCCAGCCACAUGAGAGCUCCGCAGACGACUUACUCGAGCGCGCACGUAGUGAGCAACUUGAACAGAAUCAGCUGACUAUGCACACAAAGCUCCUGCGUUUGGCAGAUCAGGUUCACGAGUUGUUGGCUCAGCGCUCAGCCUUGGAAGAAGAAAAGGCCCAAAGCGACAAGAGGAUCGAGGAGCUCCGUUGUGAGCUCGCCAGUCUCAAAUCCCAAGUUCAGCAGCACCACAACAAGCUGGAUGUUUGCAAGCGUGGCAUUGACGAAAAUGCCAAAGAAGCUCUAAAGUUGGAGCAGCGCAUCAAAGCAAUCCCUGGAAGUUUGGAAAUGCGCUUCCAACAUCACUCCACUCGUAUCGACAAAGUGGAGAGUCUUGUACGUGGCGCUGGAAUUCAAAUCAAGCAGCACACUACACAGCUGGGCGAUAAGGAGAAGCGCAUCGACCAGCUUGAGCACAAGUCCGGUGGUAUCAUUACCACAAACAGUUACUAUGGUUCACACUCGCAGGAUAAUGGCGCUAUGAUUGAAGUGGCCCAACUCAAACUCGACAUCGCGAAGGUCCAGCAAACUCAAGAUUCCCACAAGUCGUACCUGGAGAAGACUGGAGAGACUCUGAUCAUCCAUCAGAACAACAUGGCCACGGCCAGCAAGACUGUUGAUGAUCUUCGCUCUGAGCUUGAGAGAUUGAGCACUGUCAACACUGGACGCCGUGGCAACGAGAACUCGGCACCUAGAGCCAACCAUCUAAGACUGGACGUAACCCCCGACGCCAUCUUCAAGCUUCAAAGCCAGAUCGAUCGCUUGGCUGAAGAAGUUCGUCACAAGGUGAACCAUGCAGAAAGUCCCAAUAGCGACGCAUCUAGCGCUGCCAACGAUGUGGAGACACUGAUGAUUCAAAUGGAUGAGGUCCGCAACAAGAUUCGCAAGCUUGAGAGAGACAUGGGCUAUCAAGCCGACAUGCAUCGUCAUCUGGAGCAGAUCUCGUUGUCCAGCAAGAUUAGUCUGGAGACAAUGUUCUAUCAACUUACGAAGGAGCUCGAAGGCAAAUGUGCCCCUGAAAACAUCGAAUUUGGCCUGGACGAGGAUCGUAUCUUCAUACUUAGACAGCGUGUCCUCGAGCGCCUGUCGGUCGAGGAUAGCGUCCAGUGCAAAUUCCUGCGCCUCAAGGAAUCGCAACAGAUGUUCACGUAG